UUAAACGACUCGAGUGACCGACGGUAGAAUGUGGAAAAAAUUGAAUAUUUCUUUUCAAAUGUCCCGUUAAAUUUUUGUUGUAAAUGUUGAAUAAUAUAUUUCAAUAUCCAAGUGGUGGAAUAACAUAAGAACGAUUUUUUAAGGCUCCACAUAGAACAGGUGGAUCGACAUGCCGUCAACACAUCUCAACCUUCGGGAGGAUGAUGUGGUGCGCUUGGCCUUGGAGUUUCUUCACAACCGAGACCUCCACAUUACUCAGCUAUCUCUAGAAAGAGAGACCGGUGUCAUUAACGGUAACUUCGCAGAUGAUGUCCUGUUUCUACGACAACUCAUCCUAGAUGGCCAGUGGGAUGAUGUACUUGAAUUUAUUCAACCGCUAAGCACACUCAAGGCGUUUGAAGCAGACAAAUUUAAUUACUCUAUAUUGCGACAUAAAUAUAUUGAACUUUUAUGCAUACGAUCUGAAAUAAAAGCCUACAAUAAUGUGGAAAAUAUUGUAGACGAAGUUGUCAAAGUUUUAAGCGAAUUAGAAAAAGUUGCGCCCUCCAAGGAAGAAUACUCCAACUUGUGUCUAUUGCUAACGCUACCGAGUAUCACUGAUCAUGCACAAUUCAAGAAAUGGAAUCCGAGUAACGCUCGUGUGCAAUGUUUCCGCGAAGUGUAUCCACUUGUGGAACAGUUUUUACCGUGCGAUAAAAAGUCCAGUGGCACCGUGCCAAAAUGUGCAAAAAAUGAUAGAUUAAUGCAAUUACUCAUAAAAGGUAUUCUGUAUGAAUCUUGCGUGAACUAUUGCCAAGCUAAAGCGACGGGGUCAAAGGAGGCACAGUCUAAUGAAGUUCAAUUUUCUCGUUUACUGGACGGGUCCGGUUUUGACGAAUCGGACCUAAGCUUGCUUUCUUGGUUACAAUCCAUACCGGCUGAAACGUUUAGUGUUCCUUUCGAGCAAAGAAUGUUAGACGUGGACGUGGAGAAAUUAGAGCGUCCAUCUUUGCACACAUCAUGGACUGAACACAUGCUUGUGACUCCAAUAAAACCUCGUACAUUUCCACACUUGGCUAUGCCAUUCAGGAGACCUCGAUCGGCUGCAGAUGCCAUGACACGAUCCUUACGACCGCUGCCCGAUGGAGCGCCACGACAUCCAGCGCUCAUGGCUUUGUCUGCAAUCGAUUAUGGCCCCACGUCGUCAUAUUUUGCCGGAUUUCAUUUAACGGGUAUAAAGGGAACCAAAUUAAUGAACACGUCCGUGGAUAGACUGUUCGACAACAAAAAUAGCGAAAGUAUUUACAACGGUCUGAAUGAAUCUCUGAAACCGAUUGAUGAAGCAUUGAAGCCGAUUGGCGAGUCGAAAACGAACGAAAGCAGUAUCGGGGCAUCCACUGCUACUACGCCUGAGCACAGAGGGCAGGAUUAUUCUGUGUCGACGUCUAUUUCGACGACUGCGCCUGUGACGGAGCGCACAAUGGUGGCCGAGAGACCGCUGCCCGCGCAAGUCGCUCUUCCAGGCGCGGACGGAGACUUCAGGCGCGACUUGAUGAAGGAAUACCAGAUUCAGAAGCAACGGGAAUGCGACGAUUACCUGCGCAAUCUGUGUUCGUCGGACUUGAGACCGCAGAAACCGGUGGAGCAAAUGAACGAUGCUGCAUCAGCUCUUCCUACGGUUGUCAAGUAUAAUCAAAAGCCGACGCCAGAACUCAAUCACAAAAUGAACGACCAAAUAAUCAUGAGAGAAAACGAAAUGACGGACACGAUAGAGGUGCAAGAAGCUAUAAACGCGCAAAACCGGAAUGGCAGUCAUCAAUCGAUACCUAUGUCCACACCAAGCGCGGCAGUGGCGGAAAUCAACGGCUCCAGGCCGACCUUCAAACCUGUGACUGUACUAGAAGACCUGCAGGCUGUCCGCUGUGCGGAGUUCCAUCCGAACGGCAAGCUGUACGCAGUCGGCUCGAACACGAAGACGCUCAGGAUAUGCACGUACCCCAAGAUUGAUGAUGUCAAGGACAACAGUGCACCAACCGCACCUACUGUGCUCCUCAAAAGGACGAAACACCACAAGGGCAGCAUCUACUGCCUGUCCUGGAGUCCCGCGGGCGACCUCUUGGCCACCGGCUCAAAUGAUAAAACUGUCAAACUGAUGAGGUUCAACAGUAAUACAUGCAACUUGGAGGGGCAAGAGGUGGAGCUAACAAUGCACGACGGCACAGUACGAGACGUGUGUUUCAUAGAGGACACCUCGAACAAGACCAGCCUCCUGGUGAGCGGCGGUGCGGGCGAUUGCAAAAUAUACGUAACCGACUGCGCUACAGGAAAAACAUUUCAGGCACUUAGUGGACACUCUGGCCACGUGCUAUCGCUAUACAACUGGGGAGGUGCGAUGUUCGUAUCGGGCAGUCAGGAUAAGACGGUCCGCUUUUGGGACUUGCGUACCGGCGGCUGUGUGAAUGUGAUCUCGCCGCCAGCUGGACUCCCUGGAAAGGGCUCAGCGGUGGCCUCCCUAGCUGUGGACCCGAGCGGGCGGCUGCUAGUGUGCGGGCACGACGACGGCUCGUGCGCGCUGCACGACGUGCGCGGGUCGCGCGCGCUGCAGCGGUUCGCGCCGCACUCGAGCGACGUGCGCAGCGUGCGCUUCUCGCCCGGCGCGUACUACCUGCUCACCGCGGGGUACGACGGCCGCGUGGUGCUGACUGACCUGCAAGGUGAUCUAACAUGUCCGCUCCCAAGCGUGCCCGUCGCGAGGCAUCCCGACAAAGUGAUAUCAGCAAGAUGGCAUCCCGACGACUUUUCCUUCCUCUCCACGUCCGCGGACAAGACCGCAGUACUGUGGACCAUACCGCCGGUUUAACCUGGACAAAGUUAAACUAUGAGUUACUUAUGAUUUGUUCUUGGAUUCUGGUGACAUCUCUCAUUUCAUUUGAUAGCAUUUUUUGUGAUUUUCUGGCAGUUUAGACUGUUUUGAACACCUAAAUUGACAUGUAGGAAAGUUUUUACUGUUUGCCUCAAUGUUGGUCAUUAAUGAUUUUAGAAGUAAUAACCGUACGCACAAUUUGUCUAAGUGGCUUGCAAAUAUUGCAGAUAUUGCAUUACAAGUUAUAAUUGGAGAAAUGUUAGGGAAAUUAUUGUAAUUCGUUCCCGAAUAUGGCGCUAAAACGACCAAUGGCAACGAAGUCCCUAUUUGCGAAAAUUAUACUUAGAUAAAUAAAUGUUUAGAUAAAUAUAAAUGUUAUAUUGGUGUUUAAUGUGAAUAUGUGUGUCAAGAGAAUUCCUUUUAAGUGUUGCGUACUCGGUACCACGAUCGGUUGGUAGUAUGUGCGAAUCAAUGGCCUAUCAAAUACGCGGGUAUAACGCUAAAUGCCGUUUCUUGGUCUAUGUUAGAAAUGCAACAUUAAGAACAAACGACUCAGUAUUCAAUCUACUCGAAAUAUCCUUUUUACGGACAGUUUACGGAGAUACUAUUUUAUCACUUGCUAUGAGUAUGAGCUGAGUGAACAUUCAGCCAUUAAAUCUCUUAUAUAUUUCUUAACGUACUUACAGUUCUGCGAUGUGGUUUCCAUGGCAAAAUACAAACAUCGCUAUAAAUGUAUGAAUAUUAACUUUUACUUAAAAUCUAUGCUUCGUCGUCACAGCACUGGUUGAUGUGGAAUGUAUUAGAAUUUAGUAUCAGUUGCACUGGCUUUAUAGUAUUUGUUAGUUAUGAUUUAUAGAAUUAUAUAAAAAUUAGAUUGUAUAGUUUAACUACGUAUACCAUAGCUUCAAUAGCGAAUCAAUUGUCUUCUAGUGGACUAGCUUUGUGUCUCAAGUCGAUAUUUGUACUAAUAAAUGUUUUCAUCUAAUUAACUGUUUUUAAAAGAUUCUGAUAACUACCAGGAAUGUAUUACUAUUAUAUACCUUAAAAAAACUAUGAAUUAUUUUUUCUCCACUUUAUUCGAUAGACUUUAGUAUUUUUGUUAAUACAGUUAACGAUUCUGCAAUUGAUAUUUUUGACAUUUUUAUCGAUUCAUUGUAGAAUUUGAUUAAUAAUAAUGGAGUUUCGAUUAAUUAUAAAUGUUACAUUGAAAUAGAACGGAUUUUCUUCACAUCAUACGUAGUAGAUCUUUCUAUAACUUACUGCAAUAGUUUAGUUUUAAGUUUAUUUAACGAUGCUUUAAUAUAACGGCUUGUGCGUUGCGAAUUCAUAUGUCGUGAUAGUUUAAUCGAUGCUUAAAUAAUGAUACUUGAUGUGCACAAAUACCCUGUAAUUAAAAUUAAUUAAGUACUGUGCUAUGUAAACAAUUGAGUAAGUCUAAGAUCGCAUGACAAUGUGUGCGUGCACGUACACGCAUUAUUGCGUAUACGUGCACGCACACAAACCUCGUCACUUUGAAGACUCAGAGGUGUGUUUCGUCCGAACGGAAUGAGUUGUGAUGCUAUGUUUUAUUGUAAAAUUAACUUAUUUUUGUCCAACGGUGCGUUAAAACCAAGGAAACUUAGGAUAUUUUCACGUAUAGUUUUGAUAUGUUAUUGGCGUAAUAUUACCAAAUAGAACUAUCCGAAUAGUUAGAAUCAUUCCUUCGCUUAUGUUACGUUAUGUCGUUAAGGACUUUUUCUCCUUUAGGCAAGAGAACAAAUUGCUUACAAGAUAUAUUUGGGGUGGAUUAUUUCUUCCCUUUGUAAGCGUUUUCAUCUCGUAUACGUGUAUUGUCUUGAUAUUGCUAGUAGAUAGAUAAUUUUCUCAACGAUUAAUUAUUAUUAAUGUCUGUGGAAAGUUAAAUUCUAUUACACUAUACUUAGUACUCACUGUAUGUAUUAUUUACUAAUCUCAUAUUCGCAUGUUCGCUAGCACUUAGUUUUUUUAUGAAUGCGAUUUUUAUUUUGGUUACGAUUUAAGAAUGAGCUUUAAGAGUACUGUAAUGUUACUAAUAACGCAAGUUUGUGAUGUUCGUCACAAUUUUGUAAUAUGUAAUAGUUAUAAACGCCUUUAUUCACAAAUUUUGAGGCUUUUACAUGUAUCGUGAAUUUGAAAUAUAAAAAAAAAAAACAUACAGAAUUUAAAGUCACAUUUUAAAGUUGCAAGACAUUUCUUGAUUGUAAAUUUAUGAGUCUGAAAAUACAGUUCUUUAUCGCUAAAUUUUUAAAACAAUCCUUUUUUGCUGAUUUUGUAAAAUAAACGCAUUAAGUUAUAUUCUAGCUAUACUCUUGAAUUGAUGUAAUUAAGCUUUAAUUAAUAUUCUAUUAUUAAUUGUUUUCUAUAAAUAUUUUGCGAACCUACUUUAAGAAAAAAAUUGUAUGCUAAAUUUGUCACAAAAUACCUGUAUCUCAAGAAUCAGUGAUUUUUUUUAUUUCUUACUAUUUAUUCGUAUAUGAAUAGGAAUACAGAACAAUAACUUGUAUAUUAUAUGUUUCAUUGUAUCGCUGUGUAGGUGUAUAUGUAAAUUACAUAGGAAAGGUUGCAACACUGUGACUUAUAUUAGAUUUUAUAAACAUAGCCGUUAGAGCAUUUAGAGGGAAAUAUUUAUUAGUAUACCCAUUUACAGGGCAACCACGUAAUUCCUGUUCCUGAUAGAUUCAAAAGGUUAUUGAUUUUUACUAAAUUUAUAUCCAUAAAAUAUUCGUUCGAAUAAAAUACAAAAGAACCCGGGCAUCAUAUCAAUUGCAUAAAAUAAGCCAAUCAAUUAUCAGACCUUAUAUUCGUGUUCUUAUAAUGACCAAUAGCUGCGUAGUGCUUACUAUUUAUUGUGCUGCGAUCCUAUUGUCAUUGGUUGAAAUGUCGGAAUUUAAUUAUUAUUUCGAUGCACUAAACGUCUAUUAAAGUUGACACUAAUUAUUAUGUCUUUAACAUGUUUAAAUAUUUGCUACGAAACAUAACUUAACCUAAAUUUCCAAUCACGUUUGAACAGCCAACAAGUAAAUGCUUCGCUCACUAUCAAAAGGCAAUAAAUCAAGUUACUUGUCACACUGUUGACUCGAAACUAGCAAUAUUUUCGAGUUGCUCCUAAGUGGGGUAUGUGCAGAAAUAUACGUGAUUGCCGAUUGGUCGUAUUGAAAAAUGAAAUUGACUUCGCUCGUUGUGCAUCAGUGUUCCCCGAAUUCACCAAAUAACUCUGAUGAAUGAAAAUAGUUGUACGAAUUCGAACAGGAAUAUUGAGUAAACAAUACCCAAAAAUGCCGCGAAUUUUUUAGUUUACUGUGAACGUUUUUUAAGUUUAGCGCAGCGUAAAUAUUAAUCAAUUACUUUCAGGUAUUUUUGGGUGUGAGAUAUCGUAUGGAAAUAAUAAAAACAGUGUGCAGGUUUCAGUUCGAUAAUGUGUCUUCGUGUAGUGAUGCCCUGGCUUCUUCAUUUUAAAAUAGUCACUUUUUAGGUGAUCAUUUGAAAUAAAUCUUUGCAGUACUUGAGUUCGAAAUCUCUGUAAUUUUUAUCCGUAUACAGUAUUUAUAUAGAAAGGUGACUUUGAAUAAUAUACUAGUUCAUAUACAUCAGCUGCUACUUAUAAGUCCGAGUAUUGAAAAAACCGAAUAAAGCUUUGAUGUAUGCGCUUAACAUAGCAAAAGUAUGAAUUAUUUGUUAAUCUUAAAGAUUAUGUAUGUUAGUGACAUGUAACGCAAUUAAAUUGUGAAAGGCUUUGCACAAAGUAUUAUUAUAAUUGGAAAAUUAAUCUAUUGAUGUACUUACAAAAGAAUUGAUAUGUUUGUGCUAGGUCUUCAAUGCACAUAAAACAUUAUGUAAUGAUAUAUAUUCUAUGUAUAGUUUGAUUGUGUGCGAAGUUUAUUGAAACGAUUAACAUAGUGUCGUACGCUGAUAAAACAUAUUUGUUAAACCGAAUUUCGUUAACAAUGUAUCCAUUUUGGUGUAAGAAUACAUACUUAUUUACAAA